UUUAAUUGUUUCUAUUAUUUUUCAGUUUGGUACCUACCACUAGCCUACCACCGUCUGUCUUUAUAUUCAUUCAUAUAUCCAAACAAAGAGAAACUAAGGCAAAAGUUCUCAAAAAUCGGACAUGGGGACGGAUAAUACUUUGCCGUUGCUUGACCCUCGUGAGCCGACGGAACUCACCGAAAACAAACCGGCGUCGAAAGUAUGGGCCAAAGAGUUCGGUGAAGAGUCAAGACGGCUCUGGCAGCUAGCCGGGCCGGCGAUUUUCACAGCCAUCAGUCAAUAUUCUCUCGGUGCACUCACUCAGACUUUCUCCGGUCGUAUCGGCGAACUUGAACUCGCCGCAGUCUCCGUCGAGAAUUCUGUCAUAUCCGGUCUCGCAUUUGGUGUCAUGUUAGGGAUGGGGAGUGCGUUGGAAACGUUGUGCGGGCAAGCAUAUGGAGCAGGACAACUUGGGAUGCUUGGAAUAUACAUGCAACGUUCUUGGGUCAUUCUCUUUACCACUGCUUUAUGUUUACUUCCUGUCUACAUUUGGGCUCCUCCUAUUCUCUCCUUCUUUGGCGAGGCUCCUCACAUCUCGAAAGCGGCAGGGAAAUUUGCAUUGUGGAUGAUUCCACAACUAUUUGCCUAUUCAGCCAACUUCCCAAUACAGAAGUUCUUACAGUCUCAAGGGAAAGUGCUUGUGAUGGCUUGGAUCUCUGGAGUGGUUCUAGUGAUACACGCAGUGUUUAGCUGGCUCUUGAUUCUUCACUUCAAGUGGGGACUUGUAGGUGCAGCCAUUACUCUCAACACCUCGUGGUGGCUUAUAGUUAUCGGUCAGCUUUUGUAUAUCUUAAUCACCAAAUCAGAUGGUGCGUGGAGUGGAUUUUCUCGGCUUGCGUUUCGUGACCUCUACGGAUUUGUCAAACUGUCUUUAGCCUCUGCUGUUAUGCUUUGUUUGGAGUUUUGGUAUUUGAUGAUUCUUGUCGUUGUCACUGGUCUCCUUCCUAAUCCGGUGAUAGCAGUCGAUGCCGUUUCCAUUUGCAUGAACAUAGAAGGUUGGACCGCAAUGAUAUCAAUCGGGUUUAACGCUGCGAUAAGCGUGAGGGUAUCAAAUGAGCUUGGUGCGGGAAAUGCAUAUCUAGCGAAAUUCUCCGUGGUUGUUGUCUCCAUAACUUCAACUCUUAUAGGAGUUGUGUGCAUGGUUGUUGUCUUAUCCACAAGAGACAGCUUCCCUCAACUUUUCACGUCUAGCGAAGUCGUGGCUGCGGAAACCACGAGAAUAGCCGUCUUGUUGGGCUUCACCGUCCUCUUGAACAGCCUCCAGCCCGUCUUGUCAGGUGUUGCGGUUGGAGCCGGGUGGCAAUCUCUGGUUGCAUAUAUUAACCUUGCUUGCUAUUACAUUAUCGGACUUCCUGCUGGUCUUGUUCUUGGAUUCACACUAAACCUUGGCGUUCAAGGAAUAUGGGGAGGUAUGGCAGCUGGAAUCUUCUUACAGACACUUAUAUUGAUUGGAAUCAUUUACUAUACUAACUGGAACAAAGAGGCUGAGCAAGCAGAGAGUCGGGUUCAGAGAUGGGGAGGAACGGCGCGGGAGUAAUUAACUCUCAUCAGUUCUUGACUUUUUUUGUGUCAAAGUUUCAAUGUUUAGCAGAUUAUUGUUUAAAGAACAAUUUCGUUUAUCUCCUUUUUUUUGGGUUCGAUAUGCCUAUAGCUUAACGAGUCUCUCUGUGAUUGUGAAAGAGGGGUUUUUUUGUUUGAGUCUUAUCUUAGAUCGAGGAUGGUUACUAAUAAGCAAAACUUCUUGCUUAAAGGAGGUUUGAAAUUUGAUCUCCAUAUUAGUUGUCGUUAUUGUUUUGAAUGAAAACAAAUUAGAAACACACAAAAACCAGGAUUGGAGAUUUUUUAGAAUAUUAUCAAUGCAAUUGGAUAUUUCUUUUGAAA